AUUCGCUAGGCGGCAUCAGUGUCAAAGAUUGUGUCGAGUUGCCUACUGCGGAACCAAAAGAUAAAAUACAUGACCUUUUCCAGUCACAUUUAACAGAGGGACAACAAAAUGUACGGUGUGCAUACUCAAACGACCCUCAUAAAACGUUCUCUUUGGCCAACUUCAAAGAUAAUUUGUUUACUCUGAGUCGAGCGACAAAAACUCGAAAUGAGUACGCUCGUGACCGUGCUUCGCCUCCCGAGAGGACCUGAUCCGAAUGGCCGCGGAUUCGACCCGAACUCAACCCGUUUCGUCGCGCUGUGUCCAACAACUAUUUCUGCUUCGACUGAAACAUGGACUGACUCUGUCGAAGUGGGAGAAGAGCAGCGUGCACGGUCGGCUUUGAGAGAAAGCUUCCUGAGAACGCUCAUAGCCAUGACCAACAAGCAGGUGCAAUUCCACAUGUACGAGAGAGUCGAGGUUGAGGCGAAGUUUGGAGCGUCGGACAUUGACGUGCUCAACUUCCAAGUUUCGGAACUACAGACCCCCAUUGGGGUGCAGAAAGAAGCUCUGCUCAGGUGUCAGGAUGUCAUUUCAUACUCCUUUGAUCUCUGAACAGUGCUAUUCACCAAUUUGUGCUGUUUUUGAGCAGAUAUCCAACAAACUGAAUCUGAUUUGUACUGUUAUUUCUAAUAUGAUUUGGUUUGACAUACAGUGCGUUUUGGGGAGUCAAUGAUGACAGGUCCAUUGCUACAGUGUUCUGUCUGGGUGAAUAUGUAGCAAGAUGUUACCAUUUAUUAUUCUGUUACUUUGAUUAAGGGGUAGACUUUCCAUAUGUUAUAUUUAUGUGGCCAGCCAGGUAUUGAGAACACUGCUAUACAGUAUGUCUAUGAUUUUUGUUUCGUAGUUUCCAAUUCAAUAUACCUCCACUGGAGGGAGAUGUCAGCACUGUCUUUACAACGGGUAUGUCAGGGGGCACCCAUACCACCAGGUUCUCUGACACUCCGCUGUCCUGUCCAUUUCAUUAGGAAGAGAUGGGGGAUAAACACAUGUCUUCGGGUGGAAUUUGGAUAUAAUUGUCUGGAAACCUGAAUCUUGCCCAUUAUUUUGUGAUUACAGGACAAUGUGGUUCUUGUCUUCCUUUUCAUAAGAUCUGUUGCUGAGAUAUGUUUACCAAUGGGCAUAUGAACUUUUUUUUUCUUAAAAAAAAAAAGACUGACUAAACAUUCUGUCACUUGCAUUGAAUUUGAUAAUGUGUUCGUUAAGUAGGCUAUAUAUUGUAGAUAAAGUGGUGGGUAGUAUCGAGCUUAUCGUAUUCCUCACUGAAUGAAAUAUUCACGUUCAGUGGUCACGUCUUUCAGUGUCAUAUGGCUUUAAUUUAUUUUAAAUAUAUUUUGAUAAGACCCUGAAAUGUAGGCCUGCCUUUCAGUAUUGUGCCAGUCAGCACAGAUAUUGCAACCUCUGGUUUUCUAAAUUUAAUAUGACCUAGCCUAAAUGAUCUCGACUGCCCAAUCUUUAAGACUGCAAAUAUAAUAUUCACAAAUGAAUAAGAGCCUACAGUGAACUAAACAAGUAUAAAUGACUGUUUACGGCAAAACGCCCUCAUGACGAGGCAUCAGUAAUAUGUAAUCUUCCUAAAAGGUGCGUUUUGUGUGCGUCUCCAAUAAAUCAUUUUAUUGGAAUGCAUUAGGCAAUCGGUGUGCAGUGCACAGUCUCCCUCUGUUGUGCCUGAAUGAUACCGACCGCUUUGUGGAGACGGUCAACAAUGAGUGGGUGAGUCAUAACCAUCCCGCCCCCCUCUAAAGUAUGAGUGAAAUCCUGUGACGUUAUUGGGCCCUUGUGAUUAAAUCAGGAAGCCCUCAAGGACGACCAAUGUUAAUUUCAUAUUCCCAGGCAGCAACAGCAGCGCUCUCUCCUUGAUGUGCGUCCCAUUCAAGCUCAGUGAAGCACGUGGUCUGAAUGUUAAUCUUGUUGCAGUAGUGUAUCGACAAUAGAGUGAGACGUUACAUCUAGUUGCUGUGUGUUUACUGUCUAUGAGUGAGAAGAAGUUGAAUAGUCACUAAAUGAAAAUCCUCUAUUUGUGCUGUGGACUGAAUCUGGUGGCCUGCCUCAUUUGUUGCAUUGUGGGCACACUGUUUCUCAAUGUUAUCUACUCUUGAGUUUCUCUUUGUUGGCAGUCUGCUUCUCUGAUUCAAGUGGAAAAACAUCCCUGUGCGCAGGUGUAAGUGUGCGCCUGUGUUACAAGGGGAGAGGGACUGUCAUGAUGGUACAAGGAAUCUGCCCUGUCACACCAUCAGCCAACAGGAAGCACAUUACGCUCCUUCCUGUUUGUGGCCCUCUCACUUCCUGUCAACUGUCUGUGAUAACUUACAAAAAUACAUGGCCACAUCCACUUAAUCAUACCCUGCCCAUAAUUCCCUCCAUUAAAACUGUUGGGCAGUUACUUCUAAGGAAUGUAUGUGUUUUCCUUCUAUGACUGCCUCAUAAGGGGUUCACCGAUUCAGUCUUUUGUUUUUGGUUUAGGAGCGCUGGGGUUGAGAAAUUAUUCAGAUUAUUACUCAUCGGUACAGGCUGGCAUGAGGUCGAGGACUCAAAACAUAUAGAGAGACAUUUUUUCAGACUGCACCGUGCUGCUGUCGUGGACGAGGUAAAAUAAAAAAAAUAGGUCUCAUUGAGGCUAAU